AUGUUUGAGAUGAAGAAGCAACUGGAUGAAAUUCAGAAGGAGCUUAGGAACUUGACACAGAAAACAAAGAAAGAAAACAAGACUAAAGGUAGCUAUCUGGAUUCGUUGCUUACGUUAUAUCAUUUCAGUCUGUGAAUCAAAUUUAAAUACAACGUACCUACAUUGGGUUAUCGUAGAAGAAAGUCUUGGUCCCAAAGAUAUCACAGUUGACAUUGCACUUGAGAAAGGGUUUGUAAUUUCUUAUCCUUAGGCCUAUUUUUUGAUAGAAUAUCUCUAAAUUAUUCUCACCUGAUAACUGUUUUUGCCUAAAACUCAUCCUCCAUAAAUAUUGAAAACUGAUGCCUUGUUAUUAUUUUUCAAAAUUUGCUUCAAAGAUUUUCUCUCCCAGUCCAACCACAAAAGCUGAAAUAAAACUGAAAAGUCCUUGCUUAAGUUGAUAACUGGCGGCAGGGGUCUUUUUGCGCACAAAAUAAAGGAAAACAAAUUAUCACAUAGUCUGCUAGGCCAUUAGUUUUUGCUGGACACUAAUUUUAAUUCUUCAUUUUCCUUUAAUUAAAUCUUCUUCUCACUGUCCCUAAGAAAUCCAUUAUCACAAAAACUGUGCUGACGUGUACAAGUCAGGUGACAGGAUCAGCGGUGUGUACACAAUCGACCCUGAUGGCUCAGGCGCCUUUGACGUGUACUGUGAUCAUAGUGCCCCCGGUGGGGGGUGGACAGUGUUCCAAAAGAGACUGGACGGCUCGGUUGAUUUCUACCGCGGCUGGAAUGAUUACAAGCGUGGCUUUGGUAACCUGAAUGGCGAGUUUUGGUUGGGGCUGGAUAAGAUUCAUCGGCUGACCAAGAGUGAACGUUGCAAACUUCGUGUGGAUCUCGAAGACACCGCAGGAAAGACAGCCUAUGCCGAGUAUGACAUGUUUGCUGUAACAAGCGAGAGAACCAAGUACCAGUUAGGAAUUGGAACUUAUUCAGGUAUGUAGGCGUAUCAUCUAAACAGGUCUAGAAAAGGUUAUUGCCCAAUCGCGCCCGCCCCCUGUUUUUUGUUUUGGCUAGGAAAAAAUUUUCUCGAUGGUAAGCAGUUUGCGAGAGUGAUUAUCCAAAAAAAAGUGUAGAGGUAAAGGUGUUCAUGUAAUUGUAGCGAGGCCCACAGUACACACAAACAAGCAACCAUGUAAGACUGUGAAGAUUGUCGGUUGUUAUUUUUCCAAUUUUCUUAAUUUACGGCUUCGUCGAUGCAGAUCAUGAUCACAGAGUCUUAAGUACUUUUUUGCCUAACAAGUAAUUCAACUGUGUGGCGAUUUGUCUGUAGGAACAGCUGGGGAUUCUUUGACCUAUCACAGGGGCCACCCUUUUUCGACCAAAGAUCAGGAUAACGACAACUGGUCCAAACACUGUGCGCAGAACUUUAAAGGGGCUUGGUGGCACGACAGUUGUCUCUAUUCCAAUCUAAACGGUCCUUACCAUCAUGGAAAAAUUUCAACUUCAUACAUAGGUGUGAUCUGGUAUCACUGGAAAGGAGCUGACUACUCUUUGAAGAGAGCUGAAAUGAAAAUCAGGCCGGAAAAGUUCUAGGAAAGCCUUUUUACUAAGCCCGUACAGUAGUGCACUAAAAAAAGUCUUGAGGACACACGAAAAGUUUCCAAAUUAAACCUUUGCUGAGCUAAUUAUAGAGUGAUAAUAUUUUCUUGUGAUUAAGUGUAAGGAAAUG